UCGGUCUACCUGGCAUACAUGACAAAAGAGUUGGCGACGAGGAUGGGAUCUUCGAACAUUAGUUUUGAAUCUUAUGAUGCGUCUGUGGAAGACUGGUCCAGUUAUGUGGAACGUUUAGAAUCUUACUUCGUUGUUAAUGGGAUCGAAGAUAAAAUGAAAGUCCCUGCUAUUUUAAGCCUUAUGGGAGCAACAACGUAUAAAUUGUUAAAGAAUCUGGCCACUCCCAACAUUCCUUCUGAAUUGACUUACCAAGAUAUCGUAAAAUUACUUUCGGAACAUUUGAAUCCUAAACCACUGGAGAUGACAGAACGGUUUCGUUUCUACAAGAGGAAGCAAUUUGAAGGUGAGUCCAUUGCAAAUUAUUGUGCCGAAUUACAAAAACUGUCGAUACACUGUAACUUUGGGAACAAUUUAAGUACGAUGCUUCGUGAUAAAUUGGUGAUGGGUCUCAAAAACGAAAAUAUACAGAAAAAGCUGUUAACGGAGGAUAAGUUAACAUACGAAAAAGCUAGGAGCAUUGCAUUCGCAAUGGAAUCUGCUCAGAGAGAUGUGUGUGAAAUUCAGAAUCAAAUGGUAUCGAUAAAAAAAUUACAUAGUUCGCAAGAUAAAACUAUCAAAGAUUUUUCUAAAUUUAAGAAAUCUGAAUCUACAAAGAAGUUUGAUAAAUCUCGGAAAUGUUACAGAUGUGAUAGUACUCAACAUUUAGCUCACGAAUGUAAGCACAAGAACACUCAGUGUAGGAAUUGCUUAAAGAACGGGCAUUUGGCAAAAGUCUGCCGCUCAAAACGUAACGAAACAGUUAAACAAAUAGAAUCUUGUUCUGAAACUGUACCAGUUAAUAGCGUUAAAUCACCACGACAUGCAAGGGAUAAGAUUUUAUUAGAAAUUUUUGUUGAAGGGAAUAAGUGUUUAUUUGAAUUAGAUACUGGAGCUGAUAUUAGUUGUAUGAAUGUGAAUGAAUUUAAGAAACUUUGUCCGGAUGUAGCCAUUAAGCCUACCAAAUUAUUGCUUAGGAAUUUCGAUAAUUCUAUGAUAACAUCAGCUGGCCAAGCAGUGGUGCAAAUUCAAUACAAAGAUCAAAUUAAUACAGAAACUAUUUAUUUGGUACAUGCAAAAUAUGAGAAAAUUUUUUCUCCGGGUAUCGGGAAACUGGAAAAGUUUUGUUGCCGUCUUCAAAUGAAACCUAAUUACAAACCGGUAUUUUUUAAACCUCGACCAGUACCAUUUGCUUUAAAAGAAAGAAUAGAAACUGAACUUAAGAGGUUAGUUGCAGAAGACAUCAUUGAGCCGAUGACAUAUAGUGAGUGGGCUACACCAAUUGUUCCUGUUAUCAAGCAGAAUGGGAACCUACGAAUCUGUGGUGAUUAUAAGGUGACUAUCAACCCGGGACUAAAAAUUGAGCAAUAUCCUUUACCCCGUAUCGAGGACAUUUUUGCUGAACUGUCAGGAGGGGAGUUCUUUACUAAAAUCGACUUAUCUGAGGCAUACCUUCAAAUGUUAGUUGAUGAGCGGGACCGACAUCUAUUGACGAUCAAUACUCACAAGGGUUUGUUCCGUUACAAGAGAAUGAAUUAUGGUAUAGCCUUAGCUCCGGCAGUGUGGCAGAGAGCCAUUGAACAAGUUUUAUCAGGUAUCGCGGGGGUACACGUAUUUUUAAACGAUAUUACCGUAACGGGGAGAAAUGAUCAAGAGCAUUUUGAAAGGUUAGAAUUAGUACUACAGAGACUAGAAGAAUAUGGUCUCAGAGUAAAUAAGCGGAAAAGUGAAUUUUUUAAGAAAUCUGUGAAUUAUUGUGGUCAUACAAUUGAUAAAUUCGGCCUCCACAAAACACAAGAAAAAAUCGAUGCAAUUACGAAGGUACCAGUUCCAAAAACUGUAUCUGAUUUGAAGAGUUUUUUGGGUUUAGUCAAUUACUACGGAAAAUUUAUUCCCAACUUAUCUACUCGUGUCGCUCCUUUCAAUAAUUUACUGCAGAAAGGUACUAAAUUUUUGUGGACUGCAGAAUGUGAAAAAGCUUUCAAGGCAUUGAAACAAGAAAUUGCUUCAGAUCGAAUUUUAUGCCAUUAUGAUCCUAAGUUACCUCUUGUAUUACAAACGGAUGCAUCACCGGUUGGAAUAGGAGCAGUUUUAAGUCACAUUAUGCCAGAUGGUUCGGAAAAACCAGCCAUGUUUGCAUCAAGGUCAUUGACUAAAACGGAACGUAAUUAUUCGCAGAUAGACAAGGAAGCAUUGAGUAUCGUAUGGGGAGUAAAGAGAUUUUAUCAAUAUUUAUUUGGUCGACAUUUUGAUCUCGUAACCGAUCAUAAACCCCUAGUAUCAAUUUUCGCACCUAAUCGUAGUUUACCAUGUCUAUCAGCAACACGAAUGGUUCAUUAUGCAUUUUUUCUCCAAGCAUUCAGUUAUACAAUCAAGUAUCGAAACACAAAGAAUCAUGGCAAUGCCGAUGCACUUUCACGGUUACCACUAACAGUUGACAAGGACUGUGAGUACUUGACUGAAGCAGACGUGACAAAUAUUUCGCAAGUUGAAUUAAUGCCUGUUACAGCAACCAACAUAGCUAGAGCUACUAAAACUGAUAGGAAAUUGUUCGAACUAUAUGAAAGUUUAAAAUCUGGAACUGAAUUACCUGUGCCUUGGAAAGGUAGAGAAUCUGAAUUUUCAUUGCAAAAUGGUUGCAUAAUGUAUGGUCAUAGAGUAUGCAUUCCUGAAAAGUACCAGAAUCAAGUUUUGGAAGAACUUCAUGUUGGACAUCCUGGAAUUGUCAAAAUGAAGGCCUUAGCUAGAAGCUACUGCUAUUGGCAAGGUAUUGAUGCCAGUAUAGCCAAUUUUGUUCAGAACUGUUCAGCUUGUAUCGCAACGAGGAACGAACCAGCAAGGAUAAAUCGACAUCCGUGGGAAUGGCCAAAUGGACCUUGGCAAAGGAUACACGUUGACUACUCUGGUCCUUUUAUGGGCAAAAUGUUUUUUGUAGUCUCUGAUGCAUAUUCGAAGUGGAUAGAAGUCAUUCCGAUGAAAAAUAUUACAGCUAUUUUUACAAUUCAUCAUCUUCGUAUUCUUUUUGCUCAUUAUGGAAUUCCCUUAACUUUGGUUAGUGAUAACGGCGCAAGUUUUACUAGUUACGAAUUUCGACAUUUUUUGAAACUGAAUAAUAUUAAACAUAUAACUUCAGCACCUUACCAUCCUGCUUCGAACAGACAGGCAGAAAGAAUAGUGCAGUUGUUCAAAGCUUCGUUGAAAUCCAGUAGAGGUGAUUCUGGAGAUCUAAAUGUGAAAUUACAAAGAUUUUUGUUACAGUAUAGAAUAACUCCACAUUCACUCACGGGAGAAACUCCGAGUGCCUUGUUUUUGAAGAGAUGUAUUCGCACUAGGCUUGAUCUUUUUAAACCAAAUUUGAGAGACAAAGUUGUUCAGAAACAGAGUUCGAGACUUCACACAGAAUCUAUCUUGCGUGAGUUUCAGGAAGGGGAGAAAGUAGCCGUAAGAAAUUAUUCCGGACCUAACAAAUGGAAAAUUGGAACAAUUAUAAACCGAGAUGGAACUUUGAGUUAUAGCAUACAAGUUGGGAAUGAAAUUUGGAAGAGACACGUAGAUCAAAUAAGGAAAUGUGGGAAGUCGAUUGAAUUAUCCCAAGCUGAUACUGAAAUUCCAAUUUACGAUAAAGAAUUGAAUUUUUCAGAUGAGCCAGUAUCCGAUGAUGUUGCUGAAUCGGAACCGCCUGCACCUGUACCUGAAGUUGUCCCUGAACCUAAGGAUGUACCUGUAUCUGCCACUCCAAGUGAUGAUAUGCCACCUAGCCCUGUACCAGACGCUUCCGGAAAGCCGAAAACUGAUGUGCCACUCCGACGCUCAAACCGAAUCAGGAGACCUCCAGAGAGACUGGUCCUGUGA